AUGCCCGUCGCGACGCGCCAUACACCCGGACCCGCUUCCACUUCUGCUGCAGGCACUUCUGCCACAGGACCAGCCGCAGGACCAAUGCCAGUACCAGGUUCUUCAUCCGCGACUGUGCCCAUAAACGCAGUCAACACUGUAAAAUCCAAUAGAAGGAAACGCGCGGGGUCGGAUGGACACGAGGGGGGUGUUAGUGGUGGAAAUGGCACGGUGAAUGGUGGCACGGUGAAUGGAAGUGGCAGUGGGAGGGAGAGGGAGAGGAAGAGGAUGCGGUUUGAUCUCGAUGUUGAUGUUGAUGUUGGGGGUGAUGGGUCGUCGACCGCGGGUGUGGGUGCGGGCGCUAGCUCGAGCUCGAGCUCGAGAAGGAUGGAUCAAGGGGCGGAGAGAGCUAGGGAUAAGGAACGGGAGAAAGAUAAAAUGAAGAACAAGGAGAAAGAAAAAGAGAGAGCGACGAAGAAAGCGAAGAAAGACAAGGAACGCGAAAAAGCCAACGAACGCGAAAAAGAACGAGACCGAGACCGAGACCGAGAAAAAGAACGAGAAAGAGACAAGAAGAAGAAAAAGAAGAAGAAGAGGAGGAGGGUGUCGGUUGUGCAAGCCUCUGUCCCUGGCUCUGUCCCUGGCUCUGUACCGGUCGAGGGCCAGGGUCAGGCUACAGCUCCAGCUCAAGGUGAAGCUGAAGUUGAAGUACAGCGACAGAACGGUGUCGAUUCUGAGGUGGAGGGCGAGGUGGAAGUGGAGAUGGAAGUGCGCGGUGCCAGUGCCAGUGGAAGUGGAAGCGGAAGCGGCUCUGCUGCAGGCACCAACACUAACACCAGUACCACCAAGCAAAAGCAAAAGCACCGGCAAAGGGACACCACGAGCACGAGCGCGACGAGGGACAGGGGACCAAGCAGAUCGGUCUCGCCUUUGAAAAGGCGGUCGCGGUCGCGGUCGUGGCGCGCGGAGGUGGAUUUGGAUAUGGAUGUGGAUUUGGAGGAGGAGGGGGAGGGGGAUUUAGAGGAAGAGGAGGAGGAGGAGGCUGUGAGCUCUUCAAAUAAAAGUAAAGAUAAAGGCAAAGGCAAAAGCAAAGACAAAAGCAAAAGCAAAGACAAAAGCAAAGGCAAAGAAAAAAGCAAAGGCAAAGAAAAAAGCAAAGGGAAAGGCAAGGAAAAAGCCAAACCCCAACCCCGACCCCCGUCGACUCCAUCCCCAUCCCCAUCUCAAUCGAAAUCCCAACAAAAUUCACCCGACUCACAAGUCCACGCUCAAGCCCAUGCACAGGCACAAGCAGAGGUAGAAGCGCAAGCUUCGGAAAUUGCACAGUUGAAAGCGCAGAUUGCUACACAGGCUUCUCUCCUCGCGCGGCACGAAACGCACCUCGCGCACCAGCACCAAUCGCUGACGUGCCAGAUAUGCCUGGAUCUGAUGUACAGGCCCUAUGCGCUCGCGCCGUGUGGGCAUGUUACGUGUUAUGGGUGUUUGGUUAGGUGGUUUACGGCGCCUGUGCCGCAGAGUGGGGAGAACGCGAACGCGAAUAAUAACGCCAACAACGCGGUCCCAGCACCAGUAGCAGCAGCAGCAGCAGCAGGAGGAGGAGUAGCACAAGACGCACAAGACGCACCAGCAGCACCAGGAGGAGCACAAGCACAAAACGCACAAGCACAAGACACAAGCAUCGACGCCCUGCUCAACACACCCACAGCACACAGCGGGACGUACAUCCGGCGUCGCAAAAAGUGCCCGGUGUGUCGUGCGGUGGUGGUUGAGCGCCCGGUGGAGAUGUGGGGUGUGAAGGAUAUGGUUGGGGCGCUUGUGAGGAGUGGGCUUGUGGAUUUGGGUGCGGGGGCGGGGGCUGGUGGGUUGGGGUUGGAGGGGUCGGCGGCGGCGGGGGAAGGAGCGGGGAAUGCGGAUCCGUGGCGUAAUGUGUUCCGCCGCGCAGGCUCCGGGUCAGGAUCAGGUGCGAACGCAGGCGGGGCAAUAAGCGCGUUCGAGGCGUUUUUCCGUAUGGCUGGUGCAGGAGCCGGCGCUGCUGGUCCUGCGGAGCCACGGGUGCAGACGGAGGGGGAUCGAGAGGAGAUGGGGUGGUUUGAUGCGGAGGACGGGGGGAUCCACCGGUGUGUGGAUUGUUAUCAUGAGAUUUGGGAUGGGGUGUGUUCGGCGUGUCGGAGGGUGUAUCCGGGGCAUCGGCGGGGGCGGGGGCGGGGGCGGGGUGGUGAAGAAGAUGAUGAGGAUGAUGAUGAGGAGGAGGAUGGGGAGGGGGAUGAGGAUGGGUGGGGUGGGGGAGAUUUGUGGGAUGAGAGGUAUAUGCGUAGAGUGAGGAGGGAGAUGGGUAUUAGUGAUGAUGAUAGUGAAGAUGAUGAAGAAGAUGGGGAUGAGGAGGGGAUGCAUCCGUUUUGGGGGAGGAAUAUUGAGGCUAUUGAAGAGCAUUUGAGGAAUUUGGGGGCUGUUGACUAUGAUGAGGAUGAAGAUGAGAUUGGUGUUGACGACGAUGAGGAUUCCCAAGGUCGGCGGGCUCGUGUCGAUUUGGAGCGUCUGAACGAGCUUGUUCACCCUCUUUAUUUCCAUCCUGCAGGUAAUGAUGCGUGGGGUGGUGGUGUUGCUCAGAUUGAGGAGGUUGACGAUGAGGAUGAUGAGGAGGAAGGGAGUUUUAUUGAUGAUGGUGAUGAGGAGGUCGAAGUCGUCGAUGAGCGGCGGCGGGGAAAUGCGCGACGGCGGUAUAUCGUUGUUGAAGAUUCGGACGACGACGAGGAGGGGGAGGGGGGUGACGGGCCGGUUGAUCUUGAUGACGAUGAGGAGGAGGAGUUGGUGGUUGUGCGGAGGACAAGGCGGGCUGUGAUGUCGGAUGGCAGUGAUACCGAGUCUGUGCACGAAAGUGACGAUUCGGAUCGGAUGCAGCGGUUGGCUGAUCUGUUUGCGGAUGAUUCGGAUGAGGAGGGAGGGGAUGUCGAUGUCGAUAUGCGCGCUUCGACGCCCGCGCGUCGCCACCCGACCUUGGCUGAGCUCUUCGCGAGCCUGUCGCCCCCUGACCCUCAUGAUGACGUCAGAUCUAGAUCCACGCGUCGCACGCAUUUCAUUGUGUCGGACAGCGACGAUGAUUCUGAUGCCUGGUGA